AUGGAAGUGAUAUUCAGUGAUGAUGAAGAAGCUGAAAAUCUCCGGCGUGAUCUGUAUGAUGGGGUGAGUUAUCAAAACUUAGAAUUCGUGAUGUUAAUUUAUCGAUUUUUCAGACUUCAUCGAAAAAAGAGGAAAUUGCGAUGUUUGGAAUGUUUGGAUUAGUCAAAAAAAUCGAAAAACCGCGGGAAAAUGUUCUGUCAAGAACCCUGGUGAACUUGCAAAAAGAACCGGAUUUCGAGUUCGCGAAAAAGUUCGAGAUAAAGCGCGAGAUUUCUGGCGGGCUUCCCGUGCAUGUGGAUUUGGAGAAGACGAAUUCCGCGUCGCAAAUCAAGUGCCAACGAGAACAAUUGCUGAAGAAAUGGGAGGAGGAGAAUCGAGAAGAAGUUGAAUCUAGAAAAUCCGAUUUUCCCCUGCCCACCACCAGAAAACGCAAAUCGGCUGAAAAUAUUCUGGAAACUUCCAGCAAAAAACGCCGAAGAAGUCGGCGAAUUCAAAUUGAAGAAAGUAGUAGUAGCGAGGAAGAAGAAGAAGAGUUGGUCCCUGAAAAAUCUUAA